UUAGGCUUUAUUUUAUAAAUAAUCCCGUACCGUACCGUUAAUAAAACCUGCUGUUAUAAUGGCCGAUAUUGCAACCAAGAGGAAUUUUCGUGCCCCCUAUUUUGGGAGAGGCGUACGUGUGGUCGAGAAUAAGAAGGCAUUGGAAAAUUUGUUAAAAGAUGAUACAAUAGAUAAAGACAAAUUAGCACAAUAUUGCAGCUUCCAUCCUCUUCCUGCCAUGUACAGAGUGUUGAUAUGGAAAAUUCUUCUUGACGUACUUCCUGUUCAUCAACAAUCUCAUAAAUUUGUCAUGAAACAAAGAUGCGAACAAUACGAAGAUCUUCACCAUGCUCUGAAAGUUAUGAGAAAAAUUGAUGACAAGACGAGUCGGCCUCAUAUAUAUUUGAGUGCUUAUAUUCUCGAAACUGGACAGUUUGGAUUGCAUCUUUAUCAUGAAAAAUGGCACGACCUUUUUCUAGACAUCUCGUCCUCUGUUUGUAAAAUGACUGAUGAUAAUGUAGAUGGAUACUGGCUUUCGGUUAAUAUAUAUAAAACAUUUUCGGGUUAUUUUGAAAAAAAUGAUGAACAUGAAAUGACAUUUUGUCAAGCGUUUUCUUCGGUUCUCAAAAAAGAGAGUCCAAAGUUACACGAACAUUUAAGUAAAAUUCAAGCAUUAGCAUGUCUUCCUUAUAAACGAUGGUUCAUUAGAUGUUUUUCUGGUACUUUACAAACUGAUGGUGGACUUGAACGAGUAUGGGAUGUUUUAAUAAGUGGUUAUUUCACGUUUUUGCCAUUUGUAGCUGUUCAAAUACUCCUUACAAUGGAAAGAAGAUUAUUACGACUCGAAAAUAUCAUGGGUAUAUUAGAUGCUUUAAACGAAAUACCUUAUGAAGAGGAAGUUGGUGAAGUAAUUGCGUGUAAAGGUGUUGACCUUUGGCAAAGACAUGCUGCAAAAAAUUCUGGAAAAUAAAAUCCCUUUUAUUGUAUUUUAAUCAAUUUAUGUAGAAGUCUAUUCAAAGCAAGGUUACAUGAUAGUGAAAUGAAAAGUGCAUCAAAAGUUUUGUUUGCAGUGAAUGAGGGGCAAAAAAGGUUGAUUAUUAGUAAUAAUUUAGCAAACUUAAAAUG